AUGGUGGAUUUUCCAGGGUACAGUCUGUCUGGUGUAGUUGCCUCCUUUUUCUUUGUACUGCUCAGCAUGAAGCAGUCAGAUGACUUUAGAGUGAUUGGUUCUGCCCAUCCUACCCUGGUCAUGGUCGGGGAAGAUGCCCUACUAACCUGUCAGCUCCUCCCUAAGAGGACCACGAUGCACAUGGAGGUGAGGUGGUACCACUCAGAGCUCAGCACACCUGUGUUUUUGUAUCGGGAUGGAGCUGAGGUGACUGAGAUGCAGAUGGAGGAGUACAGAGGCCGGGUAGAGUGGAUAGAGGACAACGUUACUGAGGGAAGUGUGGCUCUGAAGAUACACAACAUCCGGCCAUCUGAUCAUGGGCAGUACUGGUGCCGUUUCCAAGAGGGAAACUAUUGUGGAGAAACAAGCUUGCUGCUCAACGUAGCAGGUCUGGGGUCUGACCCUUACAUCCACAUGGAUGGAUCUGUGGAAAGUGGACUCCAGCUUGUGUGCACUGCAAAAGGCUGGUUCCCAGAACCUCAGAUUUCUUGGCAAGACAUCAGGGGAGAAAAGUUGCUGACUAUGUCUAAGCAUAGCAUCCAAGAUGAAGAUGGCUUGUUCUAUGUAGAAAGCACUCUUGUGGUCAGGAAUGUCUCUACAGAGAUUGUGUCCUGCUUUAUCCACAGCCCCACACUCACUGAGGAGAGGGGCUCAGACAUCUCCAUCCCAGAAAAACUCCAGACAGAGCUGGCUUCCUUAAAAGUGAUUGGACCUUCCCAGCCCAUCCUUGUCAGAGUGGGAGAAGACAUACAAUUAACCUGUUCCCUGUCCCCAAAGACUGAUGCACAGAGCAUGGAGGUGAGGUGGGUGCGAUCACACCGUUAUCCUGCUGUUUAUGUCUAUAUGGAUGGGGACCAUGUGGCUGGAGAGCAAAUGGCCGAGUAUCGAGGGAGGACUGCAUUGGUGAGUGAUGCUAUCAGUGAGGGGAGGCUGACCCUGCAGAUAAACAAUGCCAGGACUUCAGAUGAUGGGAAGUACCAGUGCCUCUUUGAAAAAGAUGGUGUCUACCAGGAGGCUGAUUUGGAUCUGAAGAUCAUAGGUUUGGGUUCUUCCCCUCAGAUCUCCAUGGAGACACUGAAGGAUGGAGAAACAAAGCUGAAGUGCACUUCAGAAGGGUGGUUCCCACAGCCCCAUGUGCAAUGGAGGGACAUGGAAGGAAAGACAAUACCAUCAGUUUCCCAGGACCUGACUCAAGGCAGCCAGGGCCUGUUCCAUGUGGAGGCAUUUCUACUGGUCAAAAACAGCUCUGUUGUGAAUGUGACCUGCUCCAUCAGCAACCCCCUUCUUGGUGAGGAGAAAAUGACAACUUUUUCUCCUUCAGGUUAG